AUGAGCCAGCAAACCGAUGCUACACCCGUCAUUCGCCGAAGUCGUAUUGCCUGCAAGGCUUGCCACCAGAGGCGGGUCAAGUGCGAUGCUGCUGAUGGAAUACCUUGUAUGCAUUGCCGUACACGAAAUACAACUUGCGAACUGAUCGAAUCGAGAAGGGGAAGAUACAUUCGGCAGAAACCCAGCAAACCACACCAUAGGCCCAUGCGUAAUCGUUCAGGUCCAGUGGCGAACCCUUCUGAUGACUCAGUAUCUUUGCCCGACACCACAAUACAUGUUUCUAGCCUCGAGGAGAACUCUGCGACUCAGGUGCCUCUUGUGACUGUAACCGAGUCGGUUCCUGCACAAGACGCGCCAGACAAGCGGUCAUGUCCAUCAGACAACUCACUGACCCUGUCGUCAAUUAUUCAGAUGGUUCGCCGCGCCAAAGAGAGCGGUUCUGGAAAUUUUCAUAUUAAUGAACAAGAAUCCAUACCUUUAGUGGAUAAAGUGAGUCUUCAAUCAGAGCCAGAUCUGGGCGGGCCUCUUUCUUUGCAAGAUGCUCUGAUUAUGCCUGAUCCGCGAGUCAGUGACCAGCUAAUCGUGUCCUUCUUCACAAAUUUCCAUCCUGCAUAUCCCGUGAUUGAUAGAAUGUCAUUCAUAGAUCUGUAUAAGCAAGGUCAUGCCUCUCCUCUGCUCUUACAUGUCAUCUACAUGACUGCCCUUACCUGUGGUCCUGAAAGUCUUUUCCAAUUGGCUGGGCACUAUGAUCGCACUUCUGCCAGGAAGGCACACUACCUUUGUGCAAAGACCUUAUAUGAUGCCGGUCAUGAGAAGGAUGCAACACACCUUACCGCAGCGCUGCAUUUGCUCAGCUUCUGGUGGCUUGGGCCUAGCGAUCAAAAGGACUCGUGGUAUUGCUUAGCCCAACGUGGCAUGAGUCCACGUCUGACGUCUAUCUGGAAACGGGUAUGGUGGUCAAUAUACGUCCGUGACCGGCAUUCUGCUGCAGCAUUAGGUCGGCCUUGUCGUAUUCGAGACGAGGAUUGUGAUAUCGAACCGCUGAACGAAAGCGAUCUUCAUGUUGAUUCUGUUCAUGAAGGGGAGCUACUGCCCUUACAAGAACCCUACCAUGUAGCCUAUUUCCUCGAAAUCACGAGAUUGUCGGUAAUACUUGGCAAUAUUGUCAUUGGAGAAUUUAGCCCGCAUCGACCAGCGCUGGAGAAGUUCGACGCCACUUCAUCCCUAAAUAAGCUUCGGAGUUGGCGUUCCGAAUUGCCGCAGAUGUUGGUUAAUGAGUUUUCUGGCAGACCUACUGGCGCAUCAUUCUGGGCGAGUAUGCUAGAUGUUUCCUACCAAAACGCUCUUAUUCUCCUGUUUCGACCUAAAGCCGCGGAAUGUCAGACAUUCCCGGAGGAAGAACGACAGCUACAGGCUCGAAAGGCGGCCGACACCAUCACACGCACCGCUGAAGACCUUCUCGCUGCCGAGAUGAUGCAUUUUGCGCAACUUCACCUUGUGCCGUCGCUAUUCAGCGCCCUGUCUAUCCAUACUCUCGCCAUCAGCCAAAAGAACGCAAUACAUCGGCAAUUGGCAGAGAAUAAAUCACGACAAUGCAUAUUGGCAUUAACCGAGUUAGCCAAAAUCUGGCCAGUGGGCAUGUGGGUGGUAAAAUCGUUCUCGAAUCUCCUGAGGCGAUUGCUCAGCCGAGGAUCUCUAUCGAGUCAAGAACCGCAGCCAUACAUACCAUCUGGAGAUGGGCCGGAAAAUGGUGAUAACUCAGCGCCCCACUCCCAGCCGAACAUUGCACUUGGCGAGCCUUUGCUUGCCGUUGAACCUCACACGGAGCCUGGCCCUAGGACACCAAUUCCAGAGCGCGACGUCUCCAACACAACAGACGAAUUUCUUCUCGGCAGCUUAUCAAGUGGCGCUCCAACAGCUCAAUUCUUUCAGCCUCAUGCUUAUCCUGACUACUUCUUAGGAACUAUGGACCAAUCCGAGUAUGAUUCUGCCUGGUAUGACAGCCUUGAAAACAUGCUUGAUGUGGAGCUGUUACAAAAAGAACUUGGUAUGGGCUCCUCAGGUGGUUCCCUGAGCCUCGGUUCUCAUAAAGUGGGCACAGAUGGAGAGCACCAUUGAAUUCCGAGGGAACUGUUCAAGGCCUUGACCAACAUACUGUUUUAUGAUUCUGUGGGCUGGCAGGCCUGACGAGUGUGUCAAUUGCUACGCGAAAGCACCUGAGCCAGGUCCGAGCAUGUUUGCGUUAUGCCAAUAACCUCGGCUUCUUGGUCACCAGCUUGCCACCAUGCCAGAAAUCAUUGGCAGGACGCAUGGUCUCAGGGUG